AUGGCGCUUCGAAUGUUUAUAUUUUUAAUUUUAAUAAAUAAAUUGUUUACAUUAAAAUUUCAAGGAUAAAAUUGGUUUUAUUUGUUAGUAAUUGCAAGUGAAAGUAAUUAGCAUUGAAGUAAUUAUUACUCUAAAGUAAUUAGUGACAGUAAUUUAAAACAUAUGGUAAUUUUGUAACCUAUAAAAUCAUGGAGUCCUCAGGUUUGGAAAAAAAAUUAACUGCUCACAAAAUUUUAAAAAAUGACUCAUCAAAAAUAAGAACUUCUGUUCAUUUCAAUGCUCCAAAGACUUCACAGCCACCAAGAAAUCCAAAAUAUUCAAAAAAGUCAACUUGCACACGCAGCAAGUUAGACUCCUAUAAUAUCAUCAAGUACCCGCUGACAACAGAGUCAGCGUUGAAAAAAAUCGAGGACAGCAACACUUUGGUCUUGAUCGUGAACCCUCAGGCCAAUAGACAUCAUAUUGAAUCAUCAGUUAAAAAAUUAUACAAUGUCGAGGUUGAUAAAAUUAGCAUAGUAAAUUCCAGUGGAGAUAAAAAAGCUUACGUCCGUCUUACUGAUGGAUAUGAUGCCCUAGAUGUUGCCAAUAAAAUCGGCAUCAUCUAAUCCUGCUCUUCAUAUUUUUUAAAAUUAUUAAUUGACUGUAAUUAAUUAAUUGAAUAAAUAAUUUAAUAUUAAUAUUUA